AUGCUUUUUAUUUUCGCAUUAAAUGUCGUCGAUGGUUGUAAAUACCCCUUCAAGUUGACGUCAUAUUUGGCCGGUGAUAUUUCUCUUGAAGCAAUUAUGUUGGAUGAUGUGAUUCCAGAUCCAGAUGUGGACCUAUUUAUAGUGGUUGUUGAAUCUCCUGUUAGACUUCAUUGGUUUGGAUUGGAUGCUUUUUCUGUUAAGCAACUUUUAGAAGCUUCUUGUCCUUUGAUUGCCCCCUCACAUGUUGGUUCUUCUAGUUCAGUGGAACUUAUUUCCACAAAUGUUCCUUAUCCUAGUCGGAAACAUAAACGACCUCUGACACCUCAUCUGUUUGAACAUUUUUUACAUGAAGUUUCCCAAGCCCUUUAUUGUGUGUCUUCAUUGCCUUCAGAUCAUACCGUUCCUACCUUGGCUGAUGGUCGUCCUUCUUGGAUUCGGUUUGAAGAGGAAUUAGACGAGGCAUGUCGUUGCAUUUCCCAUGCUAAAAAUAUCAUAUCUACCAUUCUUGGACGAGAACUUAAGUUUAUUGAUGGGUUACUAACUUUAGGGGAUCAAUUUCUAUCUAUCGAGGUUAAUCUACGGGCUUCAGAGGGCAUGAAGCUAGUUAGUGAGGAGAUGAUGGUGAAAGUUGGGGAAAUGUAUGUCGAUCUGUCUAUCCGGUAUGGGGACGCUGCGGCCAAGAAUACCAUGCUAGAGGAUCAAAAGUCCCUUGUUGAAACUGACUAUGAGGCAUGUCUUUGGGAAAAUGAUUUACUUCAUGCCCAACCCGCCUCCAAAUCGUAA